ACACAAAAUAGAUUUUACCAAGUGAUUUUUCUUUAACAUCCACAAGGCAACAAGUAAUAAUACCCCGUCCGGUAAGCGCCGGUAUCCGUCGUCUGUACUUUGUACAAAUCGUCAAUGGUGGGACCAAGCUGACUUGGUAUAACACCAGAAAAGUCAGACACAAAAACCAUUUUCUUCUUCUUUCAAAUUUUCCAAAUCACAAAACCUUCAAAACACAUAAACUUUCCCUCUCUUACCACAUCAAAAUAUCCUCUUUCAGGUUGAAUUUUUCCAUUUUAUUAUAAACCCAUCUUUGAUCCUUAUAUUCAUCUCCAAAAAAUUGUUUUUUUAUUAUGUAAUCAUUCUAAAUUUAGUAUCUUUUUACCUCUUUGUUUCAAUUGGGUCAUUCAAUUUUACAUUCAUCAUUGAUAAGAUCGUUAUAAAGUUAGUAUCUUUUUUCCGUUUUUCUUUAAUUUUGUUGUUUAUAAUAAUUAAUUGAUUGAUUAAUUAACCCUUUUUUCUGCAUGUGUGUCAAAGGUCAAAUCUUUAAUACAAUUUUCUGUGACCCUUGUGUGCAUAUGCAUCAAAGAUCAAAUUUUGAAUAGUUCUGCAUAAUCAAGGUUGAGAAAGAAUAGCUUUGAUUUAAUUCAAUUUUGUGAUUUGAUUCAUGGAUAAUCAUGGGUCUUCACCACCACCAUAUGGAUAUCGAAACCCUUAUGGAUACCCUCCAUAUCCAUAUCCACCUCCACCUCCACAACAAUCUCAAGGUCCUUCUGAUCAAUAUCCAUAUCCAUAUCCACCUGCAACUACUAAUCCUUAUUCAUAUGAAUCAUCAUAUCCACCAAAUCCUUCACAUUCCACAAACUACUCAUACUCUUAUCCACCACCACCUCCAACAAACCCUUUAGAGUAUCAAACUCAUCAACCAUCAAAUGCUUAUCCUUAUCCUUACCCUAACCCUUACCCUCAGCAUUACCAAUACCCUCCAAUUAAUGAUGAAUCUAACCCUCCUCAUAGUUCUGCUAAUUACCCUCCUUUGAAUGAUCUUAUGAGCAAUGUUCAGAUAUCUGAUAACACGCCAAGUGCACCGCUGGCACGUGCACAGCCAGUGCGUGUAAUGGCACUUUCUCCAGUAAUAACACAUUCCUAUUCAGCUAUAAAUGAAGAGAAGAAAGAAGAGUUUCAUGGUCAUGCUAGUCAUAAUUCCUUUUCAGGUUUUGAACAUUCUUAUUCUGGUUUGGGGGAUUCGCCAAGCUUUUCGGAUUAUUCUGGUGGUUCAUUUGAUGAUUCAGUUCACAACCAAAGUUUGCAGCUUGUUCCGGUUCCGGGUAAAGGGUCGUUGAAAGUUUUGCUCUUGCAUGGUAAUUUAGAUAUAUGGGUUCAUGGAGCUAAGAAUCUUCCAAAUAUGGACAAGUUUCAUAAAACUUUAGGUGAUGUGUUUGGUAAGGGAUCAAUGAGUAGUAAGAUUACUAGUGAUCCUUAUGUGACGAUUUCUUUGUCAAAUGCUGUAGUUGGUAGGACAUUUGUUAUUAGUAAUAGUGAAAAUCCUGUUUGGGAGCAGCAUUUUUUUGUUCCUGUUGCACAUCAUGCUGCUGAAGUGCAUUUUGUUGUUAAGGAUAGUGAUGUGGUAGGUUCACAGCUUAUUGGUGUUGUGACGAUUCCGGUCGAACAAUUAUACUCAGGUGAAAAAGUACAAGGGACUUACCCUAUUCUCAAUAGCAACGGGAAGCCUUGUAAGCAAGGUGCUGUUUUGAGUGUUUCCAUUCAGUUCAUUCCAAUAGAGAAACUGGUCAUGUAUCAUCAAGGCGUUGGAGCAGGGCCGGAGUAUAUUGGUGUGCCGGGAACAUAUUUUCCAUUGAGGAAAGGUGGAAUUGUUACUCUAUAUCAAGACGCUCAUGUUCCGGAAGGAAGUCUCCCUAAUGUCAUGCUUGAUCAUGGCAUGCAUUAUGUUCACGGACAGUGUUGGCGUGAUAUCUUUGAGGCCAUACGUCAGGCGAAGCGUUUGGUUUACAUUACUGGGUGGGCAGUGUGGCACAAAGUUAGGUUGAUAAGGGACCCUGAUAGUCAUAGUCAUGCUUCAGAAUACACACUUGGUGAUCUUCUGAGGUCUAAGUCUCAGGAAGGAGUAAGAGUGCUUCUUCUUGUAUGGGAUGACCCUACCUCAAGAAGCAUUCUUGGUUAUAAAACAGAUGGUGUCAUGGCAACGCAUGAUGAGGAAACUCGACGAUUUUUCAAGCAUUCUUCUGUACAAGUGCUACUUUGUCCUCGCAUGGCUGGAAAACGACAUAGCUGGGCUAAACAACAGGAAGUUGGAACAAUAUAUACACAUCAUCAGAAGACUGUAAUUGUAGAUGCUGAUGCUGGAAAUAACAGAAGAAAAAUUGUAGCCUUUGUCGGUGGACUUGAUUUAUGUGACGGCCGAUAUGAUACUCCCCAUCAUCCGCUCUUUAGGACACUGAAGACACUGCAUAAGGAUGACUAUCAUAAUCCUACUUUUACGGGUAAUACCAGUGGCUGUCCGCGGGAACCAUGGCACGACUUGCAUUCUAAAAUUGAUAGUCCAGCAGCUUACGAUGUUUUGACAAACUUUGAGGAACGCUGGUUAAGAGCUGCAAAACCUAAAGGGAUAAAAAAGUUGAAGAGUUCAUAUGAUGAUGCUUUGCUUAAAAUAGAAAGAAUUCCAGAUAUUCUCCGUGUAACAGACAUUCCAAGUGUCGGUGAUGAUAAUCCUGCAUCUUGGCAUACUCAGAUAUUUCGUUCAAUUGAUUCAAACUCUGUCAAGGGAUUUCCAAAGGAGCCAAAAGAUGCAUCGCAACAGAACCUAGUAUGCGGGAAAAAUGUGUUGAUUGACAUGAGCAUACAUACAGCAUAUGUAAAGGCUAUCCGCGCUGCUCAACAUUACAUUUAUAUAGAGAAUCAAUAUUUCAUUGGUUCCUCGUACAAUUGGAACCAACAUAAAGACCUUGGUGCUAAUAAUUUGAUUCCGAUGGAAAUUGCGCUGAAGAUUGCUGAAAAAAUAAAAGCAAAUGAGAGGUUUGCAGUAUACAUAGUUAUUCCAAUGUGGCCUGAGGGUGUUCCAACAGGAGCUGCCACUCAAAGGAUUCUAUUUUGGCAGAAUAAAACAAUGCAAAUGAUGUACGAGACAAUUUAUAACGCUUUGGUUGAAGUUGGGCUCGAAGCAGCAUUCUCUCCACAAGACUAUUUGAACUUUUUCUGUCUUGGAAAUCGAGAAGCCGUAGACAUUCAUGAGAAUAUUACUGUAUCUGGAAUUCCUCCCCCACCAAAUACUCCACAAGCAAAUAGUCGAAAUAGCCGGCGUUUCAUGAUUUAUGUUCAUUCAAAAGGCAUGAUAGUUGAUGAUGAAUAUGUGAUAUUGGGGUCAGCAAACAUCAAUCAGCGCUCUAUGGAAGGAACAAGGGACACUGAGAUUGCAAUGGGAGCCUACCAACCUGAAUAUACAUGGGCAAGAAAACAGUUUUAUCCACGUGGACAGGUUCAUGGAUACAGGAUGUCUCUUUGGGCAGAACAUACGGGCACAAUCGAAGACUGUUUCUUACAACCAGAGAGCUUGGAAUGUGUGAGAAGGGUUCGAACAAUGUCCGAAAUGAACUGGAAACAAUUUGCAUCAAACGACGUGACAGAGAUGGGAGGGCAUUUACUAAAGUACCCUGUUGAAGUAUCAAGAAAGGGUAAGGUUAAACCUCUUCCUGGUCAUGAAGAGUUUCCUGAUGUUGGAGGGAAGAUAGUAGGAUCAUUUAUUGCCAUUCAGGAAAAUCUAACCAUUUGAUGAAUUUUUUACAUUCAUAUUGAUUUGUUAUUAUAAUAUAGAAUGAAUGAGACAUGAUAGUGUUAGAGUUUGUUAGAAUAUAGGAUGAGUGUUCAUUAUAAAAUACAAGUUAAACAAUUUUGAAAUGCAUGAUGAUUGAGGAAAAUACUACAAUGUUUGUCUGUUGAA